AAAACGACAUUGCACGAAUUGCCGUUCAAACAAGAAAGAGGGUUUAAGAUUAGGUUUAGGGUUUAUGAACUUACAGAACAGCUGAAAUUGCAGCUAAUUCACUGGUUUACAAUUGAAAUUACAUUUCAAAUGGAUCCAUUAUUAGGGUUUCACGAUGAAAUCAUGGAAAUUGGGGAUGGUGAUCAUCAAAACAAAGAUAAAUCAUCGUCAACACAGGGAUACAGAUUGGUUCCGUGGUUAAACUGGGAAGAAUGGGAAUUCAUUAGAGACUCUCUCUUCUCCGGUUCGCCGGAUAAAGUCUCCGCCGCUAUUAACAGAAUAUCUACUUGGCGGAGCAGAGGAUGCUUACCUGUUAUCAUUGAUGUCACAUCUUCAAUUAUUGAAAUUCAGCAGAAGGAUCCUCAUUUUAGAAAGGACCUACCAAGUGAUGCUUUACAUUCUGAGCAAAUGCUGGCUAUGCUAUAUUGCAUGGCUAUCUUGAGGCUUGUCAAUUGUGUUGUUGAGAAGACCCGGAAAAAGAAUGAAAUUUCAAUUGCUGAGGCAGCUAGUGCAAUUGGCAUUCCACGUACAUUGAUUGACGUUCGCCAUGAGGGUUCACAUCGUGAUAUGCCUUCUCUGACUUUACUUCGGAGUGCUGCUGCGAAGGCACUUGGUUGGAUGUCAGCUUGUUAUUGGGAACCUCAGUCAAAACAAAUUCCAACCCAGAGAGAUGGAAUUGCUAAAAUCAAGGAAGAAAUCAAAUCAAAGCUCUCGGAAUUAGUAUCAUCCUUGAAAGUUAGGGAGAGUCCCCACACUGAUGCAUCACCGGCCAAAGGAAAAGGACUGAAGAAGCAAACUAAAAAGGCCCUGAAAGCUCUUGUUCAUUUAUAUGGUUCCUUUUCCUCUGAAGUACUGUCUAUACUGUUGGAGUUCUUGCUCAAAGCUUUGGGGUCCUCAAAUAUAUUGGAGUCUCCUGACGAAGUUGACCAAGAAGUGCGCACUUUGCUGGAUGACUGGAAGCUUGUGAUAGUAAAAUUGUCUAACAAGGAACCAGAAUUACUCCUAACACUUAUUAAGGCCAUUUUGAACAUGAUCGAGACUGAAGAGACUUUGAAGUACGAAAUAGGAACAUAUUCCGCAUCAAUGGAGCCCGGGGCAGGAAAUGUCAAAAUUGAACAACUUUCUUCUCUGUUUUCAUGGCUUGUUGGACAACUCAAGUUACUGAAAGUCUUUCAACAGAAGGAUACCAAAAAAGUUAGAACAAGAGCCUCUGCAGCAUCACUAAAUAUGUUAAAUCCAAUUCUGACAGAAGUGCUAUGCAAAUGUCUUUUGAUCUCAUCAUAUGGCAAGAAGCAGCUUAUAAAUUCAGCAGCGGAUCUUGCUCAGCUGACCGGCAAUAGCUCUUCAGCAGAGAAAUUCAUCAAAUUUAAUUUGCAUAAUUUAUCAGAUUUGAAUGUGGCUGAAGGGAUAAAUUCCAGUAACCUACAAGACGAGUCUAUCAUUGAAGCUGCUAAUAAGCUAGAGUUGGUUAAACUUAGGUUAGCUAAAUGCAGGACUACUACAACAAUGGAAGUUGAUUCAGGAAGUGGAGGCAGAUGGACUCUGGCAAAAUCGUGGAACCCGUGUCCAAUUGGUAUGUUGCCUAGUGAUCUUGGUUGUUCUGGUCGUCUUUCUGUUCUUGACCGCCAGGACAUCGAUAAAGAGUCCGUGAAUCCAUCAGAAAAGACAGGUGUUGAACGGAGCAAGAGGGGUGCUAGUUCUGAUAUUUGUUUAAUAGAUAGAUCGACUACUAAAAAGACGAAAAAGAUGUUAGAGAGCUACGAAUCAAGUGAUACGGAUGUUCUAUUGCCGGCAGAUUUGUUAGGUUGCUUGAUGAUUAAUGGCGUCUGGAAGAAAAUAGGAAAAGAAGAGCUGAUUGCUAUUGAGUCUGGUGUGAGGAUUUUGGUUCAGUGACUGAAAUCUAAUACUAUUAUUAUGGCAUUUCUCAAAAAUCAACCUGCAUCAGUAAACCAAUCAUUUCAAUGAGGUGUAAUGUUGUUGGCCAUUGGAGCAGGAAGCUUUAGUAGCCAGUCAUUUCCAUUUGAGAUUGUGGUCAAUAUCUCAGUAAAGCAACACAUCCUAUGGUCAGAUUUCAACCCUUUCAAAAGCAUUCAGUAUGGUUUAAUUUCUCUGUUUCAUUCUAAGAAAUAUCAAAAAACAUUUAUUAGAAGAAAAACAAUAUCAGUGAAAUUUCUUUAUUCAAGUUUCAACUUUUACA